ACACAGUAUUUCCUGUACAAUUUGUUGCAUCAUUUGUUGUAACUGUCUGCGACACUGAGGCCUCCGAGGACAUUUUUCUGCCAAGUGCAACCUUGUAGCUGGUGAAUGCACUGCUGAAUCGGCAAAAUGUGGACAUCCCUUUUUACAGAUGCAAAGAGGUUUGCCCUCACAUCUACCCACAGAGACAGUCAGUUCAAAGCCGCACUAAAGCUGUGAUCCUUUCGAUUUCUGUACUAAGUGACAGGCUGCGACCUCUGCUGUGAGAGAGUGCAGUUUGAUAGGACAGGAAACACCCCUUAAGCAGCUGCUUCAUCAGAAAUAUGGAUGUGAGGGGCACAUGGUUGAGGUUGAAUGGAAUGCGGCCUAUUAAGUUCAUUCUGCAGGAUUGAGUAGAGUGUGCUUCUGGUCGGUUUACCACAUUGCAAGAGAAUGGUUUCCUGUUCCAAAUGUUUGCAGUGUUUUAGUGCAGAUCUUUGGUUACUGGCUGUUUUUACAAAGUCUUACAAAGUCAGCUUCUGUUCAAUUCAGUUCAGGGGCCUGUACUCAGUGUGAGAUGAUACCAUUUCACACGGUGACAGGAGGAGCUGCACCAGCAUCCUUAGUUUAAAAAAUGACAUGUAUACUUAAACUUUUCUUUACUCGUGACUGAUUGAUCAGCUCCCACAGGCCAGAGCAGGUACUCCCCCCCAUGUUUCUGCAUCAAACGUGCCAGUGUUUUUUGCAACCUUAACUGUGCUGGAGGCAUUGCAUCAAGCUAUAACAGCUCAUUUAAGGCACAGUUUCUCUGUGGAUUUUGAUAUUUUUACAGCAUUUGUAGUCAUUAGAAACGCUUUAUAUAUAUUUAAAAAAAGACAUCGACAUGGAAGUCCCACUUUCUAAAAUAUGGGACCUGUAUUUAUGUUUUAUUAUUAACACACAGGGCUCUGACAUCUGGUGCAGAGCGCAGUGCAUGCGUCAUUGCAAGUGCAUUGUGCUUCUUGGCAUGUUAGUCUUUAAGCGAGUUGUGGUCUUCAUUGAGUAAGAAAACAUUAAUAACGUGUGGAUUUGAUGCAAAGGCUUUUCUAAUCCAGCAUGGGAAUGGCAGACUCCGCCACUCACAAUCUAAAAGUACUUGAUACAGAGAGAUGCUGAAUUGAGUUCAGUUGCUAUUUCUAUACUUUCACUUGUUUCGUCAGUAUCUGUAUCACCAUUCGCUCUGAACUGCCAGCUGAUUUUCUCCCCUUUAUGUAAAAAAAAUGUUAUUUUACAAGGUUCAGUCCACACUUACGAGGAAUUAACUUAUCUCUUACAGGUAAAAUUUCAUAACUUCAGUCAUGCAGAGAUGGAUGAUGUCCCUAAUUCCACAAUAUCUGGUAACACCAUCCCUGAGAAGCUGCAGGACAUCUACAUCAAAACUGUGCUUUUUGAAAUGCACAUGUCAAAGGUUUUCUUAAAGUGCUGUGUGCCUGCAUGAUGGUUCUGAUGCAGAGCUUGGAUGCAAGACAUGUGCCGAAGAAAUACCCUGCUGGAGUUUCAUGCAGGGCGAGAAAGCUGACGGCCCUCACCGAGAGUCUGGUUAUCGGGAGUCUGACAAGUUUUGAUGAAGCCAAUGGGAAGAACCUCGGCACUUGGCCCCCGGGAUUCCCUGAGCUGGAGGUGAAUCAGAACUCUUCUUUGGACGGGUCAAAAGUUCAGUGCAGCUUCCUCUUCAUGGUUCAAGGCCUGGAGAAAGUUCUGGAGGACCAAAAGAAUAACCUGAACCCCUUAGACGUUUCACUUCACGCGAAGCUCAGGGAAACCAUCUCCAGGGUCAAAAUGCUCGCAGUGUGUUUGAAAGAAAUCCUCGGAGGGGACUGCUCCCCGACGCCACCUCCACCGAAAAUGCCUAAGCCUGCGUUUGACAGGAAACAGUGGAGUCACACGCUGUUGAAGAUGGCCAGGGACUAUCUGCACUGGCUGGAGUCUAAGCUGCCAGUCCAAAUUUCAAAGGUCAUAGGGAAAAACAAGGUGAAACAUGGAGUUAAUGAGGCAAACCAUCAGAGCUACUUUGAGGGGAGUGGAUACCUCUUGUAAAGUUUUUUUUUUUUUUUUUUUUAACACGAGCAGAUCUCAGUUUGUGAGGCAGAGAGGGUUACAGAUUAUGGCAGCUGUACUUUAAUGGUAACAAGCUUUUUAACUAUUGUUUUUGAUUUGAAAUGUGGCCUAGAGAACAUUUAAAGAAUGUUAUGUUUUUAAGUGCAUUUAAAAACCGCACCUCAAUUUUCAUAGUGAUCAUAAGUGAUCAGGUUUAACAGAAUUAGUGUUGGUGUAGCCUCGAGUAUAGCUUAUAAAAUAGUUGUUUGUUCUUUUUUUAAAAAAACAUUUACAGGAAUACAAUGACUUUUUGGGAAACAGCCAGGCUGAUCUAUCAAUUUUUGUGGGCAAUAUUUAGGACCUAAAGAAUGUGAAAGCUCCCAGGUCAGUCCUUGUAAAUGUUUAAAAUAACUGUUGAAAAAUCUUAUCAUUGAUUAUUAUUAAGGUUAUCCUCUAAUUAAGGCUUCGCCUUUGUUAUUAUUAGAGUACAAGACAGGCAGAUAUUUCUUUUUUAUACUUGUUUAUAUCAUUUUCUUAUUGUUUAUCAGUAUUUAUUUAUUUUUAUUUUUUCAAUUUUUUAUGUCAGCCUUGUAAUCAGUAGUUUUUAUUUGAUUCAUAUCAUAAAAGGCUCUGACCUGAUGACAAGCCUCUGAGGCUUAUGGCCUCCCUUCCAUAUUCUGUUAUCAUAUGUCUUUGUUAAUAUUCUCUGUUAUGUGGUGUUCAAUAAAUCAAAUCAAACAUUAACUUUCUUGCCAAGAGUUUGUUGAGAAUAUCAAUGUCACUCUCAUGUGUCGAGUUAAUGUGCGCCUGACGAUAGCAGCUGGUCAGCUCGAUCUAGCAUAAAGACUGGAAAUAACUAUCCUUGCAUAGCUAAGCCGACAGUAACAAAGUAACCUACAGGGACCUCUAACUUAUCAACAUAUUAUAUCUUGUUUGUUUUCAUUUUUUC